AUGGGAAACGUCUCGGAAUGGAGAGGCCCAGCAGGGCGGGGGCGAAUGCCAUUUCUUUUCCUGCUGCCUUUGUUCUGCCCGGCGCUCUCGAGCAGAUCCACUACGCUAUUCCUGAGGAGUUCUCUGGCCAUGGGCGCUCUGGUGGGGAACCUCGCCAACGAUCUGGGGUUUGGCGUGCGGGAUCUGCCUACUCGGAACCUGCGGGUUAGGGCAGAGCAGAAAUUUACUGUGAGCACCGAAAAUGGGGACUUACUUGUGAACGAUCGUAUAGACAGAGAGCAGAUUUUUUUUUUUUUUUUUUUGAAGCAGAUUUGUGGCAAGAAGUCAAUGUGUGUUCUGGAAUUCGAAAUGAUUGCUGAAAAACCUUUAAACUUUUUUCAAGUAACUGUGCUGAUCCAGGAUGUUAACGACAACCCACCGACUUUUAGCCAAAAUAUCACUGAACUAGAAAUCAGCGAAAUGGCACUGAUUGGCGCCACCUUUGCUCUGGAAUCUGCUCAAGAUCCUGAUGUAGGUGCCAAUUCGCUGCAGCAGUACUACCUCAGCCCCAAUCCGCACUUUUCGUUGAUUCAGAAGGAGAACCCAGAUGGCAGGAGGUACCCAGAGCUGGUAUUGAAAGCGCCACUGGACAGGGAGGAACAGCCCAGCCACCACCUGGUCCUCGCAGCUGUCGAUGGUGGGGAGCCCUCCAGAAGCUGCACUACCCAGAUCAGGGUAAUUGUCGCAGAUGCAAAUGAUAACCGCCCAAUAUUCACCCAGGACAUGUUCAGGGCCAAUGUUCAAGAGAACCUGCCUGCCAGAUCCUCAAUAUCAAGAGUGAAGACCACUGACCUGGAUAAAGGUGUCGAUGCAGAGAUCACCUACGCCUUCAUCAAUAUUGGUAAGGCAGCGAGACAACUGUUCAGGCUGAACUUUAACACUAGGGAGCUCACUACUAGUGAAGGACUGGAGUUUGAGGAGAGAGAUCGUUACGCAGUUGGAGUGGAAACCAAGGAUGGCGAGCAUCACACGGCAUAUUGUAAAAGACAAAUAGAUGUUUUGGAUGAAAAUGACAACGCCCCUGAGAUAACCCUGGCUUCUGAAUCUCAACAUCUACAAGAAGAUGCUGAGCUGGAAACUGCUAUUGCCCUCAUCAAAACACAUGAUCUAGAUUCUGGACUUAAUGGGGAGAUCUUGUGCUGACUAAAAGGAAUUUUCUCCUUUAAAAUAGUUCAAAGCACACACAGGUUGGUGACAGAUGGAACCCUGGACCGAGAGCAGAUCCCAGAGUACAAUGUCACCAUUACAGCCAAUUACAGCAAUCCGCCUCUAUCCUCUAGCACAAGCAUCACUCUGCACAUCAUUGACGACAAUGACAGUGGUCCAAUUUCCCCCCAGGCCUCCUACGUGAUCCACGUGCCAGAAAACAACCAGCCUGGAGCCUCCAUUGCACAAGUAAGCGCUUCCGACUCCGAUUUGGGGCCCAAUGGCCAAGGCUCCUACUGGAUCGCGGCCGGUGACGGGGAGCCGCGGGCGCUGUCGUCCUACGUGUCCGUGAGCGCGCAGAGCGGCGUGGUGUUGGCGCAGCGCGCCUGACACGAGCGGCUGCGCGCCUUCGAGCUGACGCUGCAGGCCGGCGACCCGCGCGUUAUUUGUGCUGAGGGCUCGCCCGCGCUCAGCGCCCACGUGAGCCUGCGCGUGCUGGUGGGCGACCGCAACGACAACGCGCCGCGCGUGCUGUACCCCGCGCUGGGGCCCGACGGCUCCGCGCUCUUCGACACGGUGCCGCGCGCCGCGGAGCCCGGCUACCUGGUCACCAAGGUGGUGGCGGUGGACGCCGACUCGGGACACAACGCCUGGCUGUCCUACCACGUGCUGCAGGCCAGCGAGCCCGGGCUCUUCAGCCUGGGGCUGCGCACGGGCGAGGUGCGCACGGCGCGCGCUUUGGGCGACAGGGACGCGGCCCGUCAGCGCCUGCUGGUCGCGGUGCGUGACGGAGGCCAGCCGCCCCUCUCGGCCACCGCCACGCUGCACCUAAUCUUUGCGGAUAGCUUACAAGAGAUACAGCCUGACCUUGGCGACCACGCCGCUCCCGCUCCCUCUGACCCGCAAGCGGAGCUACAGUUUGCCUUGGCCUUGAUCUCAGUGCUCUUCCUCGCGGUGAUUCCGGUCGUCGCCCUGCGCCUGUGAUGCUCCUCCCCUCAACGCUUUCAACCUGGUCUUUGCUCCAAAACUGUACCUGGAAUUUUCCCUCACUAUCGUAAGGGAACUUUGCCUUAUUCCUACAAUCCGUGUGCUGCUUCACGUUUCUCAAAGACCAAGUUUAAAUUUCUCAAUAUAAAUCCUAAAAGUGCUGCACCACAAAAUCUUCUGUGUGAUGCAGCCACUUGGGUUGAAGGUACCCAUCAUGACAAUCCGGAAAUGCCUUCUACUUCAGGAAGUUUGCAACUGGUGAGAUUCUUCAACACUUUCUACCCAUAA